AUGGCAUCUCUUCGGACCACCAGGAAUCUCACCAUGGCUGAUGCCCCAAAUCCAUUUCAACUCCCCAAUAUUACCAAGUUUAAGAUUGCUCUCUGUCAGUUGUCAGUUACUUCAGACAAGAGCCAGAAUCUUGAUCGUGCCUCUCGUUCGAUAAGAUUUUCUGUCGAGCAAGGUGCAAAGCUGCUUGUUUUACCAGAAAUGUGGAACUGUCCUUAUUCAAGUGAUUAUUUUGCAAAAUAUGCUGAGGAUUUUGACAAUAGAGAUGCCUCGCCAACAUUGUCCAUGUUAUCUGAAGCUGCUUGUUGCCAUGGGAUCACAAUCAUAGGAGGAUCUUUGCCUGAAUGGGAUCAUGGUCGGUUGUACAAUACUUGCUGCAUAUUUGGACCAGAUGGAAAGCUGAAAGCUAAGCACAGGAAAAUACAUCUGUUUGACAUUGACAUUCCAGGAGAGAUUUCAUUCAAGGAAUCUGACACCUUCACUGCAGGGGAUCAACCUACCAUUGUGGACACAGAAGUUGGUCGAAUCGGAAUAGGAAUUUGUCAUGAUAUACGAUUUCCUGAACUUGCUGCAUUAUACAGGAAAAGAGGGGUUGACAUCAUAUGCUAUCCUGGGGCAUUCAACAUGAGCACUGGUGAAUUGUUGUGGGAGCUGGUACAGAGAGCUAGGGCCGUCGAUAACCAGUUAUUUGUGGCAACUUGCUCACCCUCUCGAAACUCUACUGGUUCUUAUACAACUUGGGGCCAUUCCACACUAGUUGGACCGUCUGGAGAGAUAAUUGUUACCUCAGGGCAUGAGGAAACUACUGUCAUUGCGGAGAUUGAUUACUCUAAUAUUCAGCUCCAAAGAAAGAGUCUCCCACUUGAUGAUCAAAAGCGAGAAGACAUCUACAAGUGUAUCGAUGUACAUGAAUUAAAUCCUUGA